AUGAAUUUCUCACCACAUAAUUUCCUCUCAGGUUCAUCUUCAGAUCACGCAUGUAAUGAGUUCAAAAAAGACUCUACAAAACUAAAAGAUAUUCCAGCUGUUAAAUUGAAAGGUCAGCAGGGUACAUUGUCACCCAGAAGUGGUCCAUCCAGGUCAAGUUCUCAUGGCAAAGCCAUUCAGGGAAAAGUUACACCUUCCAGGCAGAAAGAAAAACAACAAACACUAUCACCCAAGAAAUUAUCCAAAUCAACUUCCAGAGAAUCUACCCCAAGUCUGACGCCCUUGAAGAGGAAAAGUCCAGGGUCUCCAUCUCCUAAAAGGGUGAAACACAAGUCAUCACCAUCAACUAGUGAACAGGAUAUACUAGCUAACAAGCUUUCAAAAGCAAAAAAAAUAUUCUCAGUGGAAAAAAUUCUCAACAAACGAAAGCACAAAGAUAAAGUGGAAUAUCUCAUCAAAUGGAAAAAUUAUCCAGAUUCUGAAAACUGUUGGGAGCCAGAAGAAAAUAUCUUGAGUAAAGAUCUAAUAGAAGAGUAUGAACAGAAUAUAAGAUGUAAAUCUUCCCCGAAAAAACGAAAAGGCCAAACUUCUGACACCCCUGGUGUAGAAUUGAAGAAAGUCAAGGUUGAACUUAGGGAUUGUUCUGAAAUUUCUCACGAACUACUUGUCAAAGAAGAUAAACCUGAUACGUCUUUGCAGGAGACUUCAGACACAGAGAAAGAUAAAGAUGUUAUCAAAAACAUCCAGGAGAACAAAGAAAAUUGUACAUCUCUGCCAGAACAGGAUAAUUCUAAAGAAGUUGACAAAGAUGAUAAAGCCAUUGUUAAAGAUCUUCCAUUGGUUGGUGUUGACAACACCCAUUCUUUAUUAGUUGAUUCUCAAAUAGAAUCAAAUGAGGUAGAACAACCCCAGGCUUCAGAAGGAAAAAUUCGUAGUAGGCGUUCUACUAGUAUGGCUGCCAGGAAUUUCAUCAAGUCAGUUUGUCAGCGAAAACAUCACACAAAAAAUAGUCAGAAAUCUAGUGAAGUUGGUGAGAGUAAGGUUCUUCAUAAAAAAACUCGUGAACCCAAGAAAUCUGAACUGGAUUAUGAUAGUGAUAGUGAUUCUUCAACCAUUUUUAUUCCUAAAUCUUGUUUAGAGAACAGUGCAAAUGUAAAAAAUUAUUCCUUCAGAAAGUACUUUUCAUAUCUUAUUUUGAAUACUGAAAAGGUUUACCUUCUAGGCCGUAAUGGCAAGUAUCGAGGCAAAGAACACUUUAAAGAUGAUGACAGGCUUAGUUUUCUCAGCAAUCAUGUUACAAAAUCGUACAAAUUAGUGAAACGUGAAUCGGGCUACGAACACACAAGAGGUAGAAGCCGAGGUAGACCGAAAGGUUCAGUUCAUGGUAGAGGAAGGGGGAAAAUAAAUGAAAUGGUAAAUAACAGACAAGAUCCUAACAAAUAUGAGGUUUGUGAUGUUAGUGAAUCAAGUCAAGGAGAUGAAGAAACUGAACCAGAAUUUUCAGUAAAAAAACAAACUCUUGUUGUUCGGGGAGCCUUUAGGUCUAGAAGCCGUGGCCGAGGGAGAGUCCAAAGCAUUAGACAAAUUAAUAGUGAAAAGCGUGCAAUUAUUAAUACCAAAAAUAAGAUGUCCUGUAUUGAGAAAAACUCAAAAGUUGAUUUUGUAAAGAAAGAUAAAAAAAAUGUGUUGAAAUCAUUUUCUUCCCUCAAAAAGACUCGAGGAGGUAAAUUCACCUGCUCUAAAGAUAACCGUGUCAAUUUUGUUAAGUCUAAUGUUCUUUCAGGUGAUAACCUCUAUAACUUAAAAACUGUAGUUAAAAAACGGAAAGUUGGGAGACCACCAAAAAGUACGAAGGCGCAGGUGCAAGAUCCUAAUGCAUUAAUUAACCAGUUUGGUUUGCCACCCCAUUUAGAGGGUCCUCCUCCACCAGAAGAAAACCCUGGGAAGGAAAUCCUCAGAGGUCAUCAGAAAAAUCGUUUUUUUGUAUCAAUGCCAGAUAAAACUUUGGUAGAAGUAAACUGUUCUGAUACACAAAAGGCCCUGCUAAAAGCAGAAUCCAAGUUGAAAGCUUUUUCAAGUACAACUCCAAAUCAGGAAGAGUGCAAUUCCUUUGGUUUACCUAAACUUGAAGAAUGCACCCUCGAUCCUGUUGAUGAUAGCUCCAUGUCAAAAUUACCUAACACUGUACUGCUUAUUGAAAGUGAAUUACCAGUAGAAGAAGCAGAAAAUAAAGACACUUUUGUGGGUGUGUAUCUCUUUUCUCAGGUUUUCUCACCCAGUGAAAAGGUGCAAAAGUGCAUGAUUUGUCCUGAAAAAAAUAAUUUCAAAACCGUCCGAGACCUAGAAAAACAUUACCGUAAAGUUCACGAUCUAGUAACCACCAUCAUGAAAGCUCAGUAUGAGGAAAGCCAUGUGUUUGUAUGUAUUCCUUCUAACGUAAAUCAAAAUACAGUUUUGAAAUCCAAGUGCCGGUUUUGUCAAGCUUUACUACGAAACAUCAACCAAGUUCAUGAACAUUAUUCAACCAGUCAUGGAAAAGUAGUACGCAAUAUUCCAGAGUCCCAGAUUUCAUUUUUAGGUAGAUUUUUCUACUGUAGCAUGUGUUCAUAUCCAUCAUCAACCAUUACUUCUCAUCUUGACCACAUGAAAACUGUUCACAGCAUGAAAACUUUUGUCUGCCGUCAUUGUAAUUUUUGUUCACCUCAGCCUUACAAGUUGCAACUUCACGUUCGACAGAAUCAUCUUUCUGCUAUUCUUGAUUCUAAGUGCCCGGCUUGCCAAUUACACUUCAAAGAAAGAGGAGGAUUGGUUGCACACAUGCAACAGACCCAUGCUGUGCAGACUGCACCAAAUAUUUGGUCCUGUAUUAAGUGUCAUUAUCCGUGUGAGGAGGAGAAUCAGCUUGCGACUCAUCUGGCCCAGUGUGAGAACUGUCAAACAUUAACACCUACGAAUAAACCAGAAGCAGAUCAGCAAAGUGAACCUAAUGUUGGUUCAGGAACAGUUUUCUAUAAGUGUAACCUUUGUUCUUUGACAUUUACAGCUGAAGAGGAUAUUAAGAAACAUAUGGAGGAAGGAGUGCAUCUCUCACCUGAGAACACAGAAAACAGAGAUACCCAGAAUUCGAACAUUCUGGGUAAAUCACUAGAUAGCAGUACAGCUGAAAGUACAUGUUUUGUGUGCUGUAUGAGGUUUCCAACAGCAGAUUUGUGUCAUGAACACCAGAAGCAUGUUCACAUGCGUUGGGUGGAUCGAGAAAUUCCAGAUCACUCGUAUGAAGAGUUACCAGAUCUUAACAAUGGAAAGAACACAAAACAAUGUAGCAGUGUUACUGAAAUUACUGCAUCCAAAAACCACAAUCCGCUAGUGUCAUCAGCCAGUUCAGAAGAAGUACCUGCUCCUCAUCAUGAAGAAAAUGUCCUGAAGCCAGAAAUGGACAGUAUAACGUCUUCAGAAAUGACAAGUGAAGAUAAUCACACUGAAGAAUGUAAAGCUCCAUUAGUUACAGAUUCAGAAAUUUCUGAGAGUAAAGAAGGUGGGGAAUCAGCAGUUAAAGAAACUUCCAUUUCAGAGAAUGUGAUAAAUACUCAACCUGUUACUAACGGAUGCAAUGAUCAGAAAACGAAUGUCGACUCACCUGCUGGUGUUACUGAAACACAACAAAAUGGAAUUCAAGAAUCAUUACCCCAAAACAGUGUUGAAGAUAAAACACAAGCUAGGACAGAAUUCAUUAUGAUCAAAGAUGUGCCAACUGAUAAACAAUUAGUUGAGCUUGGUUUCCCUUCAAAAGUUGGCCAUUACUGUCACUUGUGUGAAAUGGUAAUCCAAAGUUAUCCUCUCUAUUAUAUGCACAUGUACAAUGUUCAUAGCCUGGAGAAAAGAUUUCAGUGUAUAAUUAGUGACUGUAAGCAUACUUUCAGCAGUGCAGCAGCAUUUCAGUGUCAUGCCCAGAAGCACAACCAAAAGUCUGAGAGUUUUUGUAGCCUUUGUGACAUGGUUUUUGAAGACAGCAAGAACCUUCAAGAUCAUAUUUUCAGCCCACAACAUGGUACAAAAUACAUAAAAACUCAGGAGAAAUAUUUUCAUAGUGAACCUCGUAACUACCGUUGUAAGGUGUGCCUCAGUUGGUUUGGGUUGUUUGCAAUCUUUGUAAAGCAUAUGGAAACCGAGAGUCACCAGUAUCGGUGUAAGUAUUGUGGCCUGACUUUUGUUCAACCUGGGCCACGGAGAAACCACAUUCAGAGUGUUCAUCCAGAGAUGGCAAAUGUCUGUGAGAUUUGUGGUGUAAAAAUGGAAAGUUCACAAGCAUUAUGGGGCCACUUAUCUGGUCAUGGAAUUGUUCAUGAGUGCCCCAAGUGUCGGAGACGCUUCUUACAGAAAGAACAGCUCAGUGCUCACUUGGAAGUACACGACCCUCCAGUGUCUUGCCCUUGGGAAGGAUGCAGCAAACAAUUGUCUUCAAAAAUGGGGCUUUACAAUCACUUGAAAUCGCACCAAGAAAAACGUGAUUUUGAUUGCUCUCACUGUGGAAAAGGUUGGACAUCAUUGAGAGGUGAUACAGAAAAUGGGAAAGUCUUAGCAAACAAAUUUCAUAUUAUACAGAUGAGAGAAGAUUGA